AUGCCCUCUCGACACAUCCUCACCUUGCUCGCUCCAGCUUGGGGCCACUCGCUGCCUUAUAUCCACCUGACGACGCGAAUGCUGGCCUCGGAUCCGGAGUUGGUCGUAACGAUUGUGCAGCACAACAUUCUCGUUCCACAGAUGAAGAAGGAGCUGAACUCGUGUUCGUACGAUACGAGCAGGUUGAAGAUUGAGGGUGUAGGGGACAACAAGUGCGUCUCCAGGUUCGAUUCCGGAUGCAACUGA